GUCAAGCUGGAAAUCUUCUUGGAAAGACUGAUUCAGAAGUGCAGUGCUUCUACCACCUAGAAUGAGUCCUGCGUUGGAACCUGCCGGCGCCAAAAAUGACUUCGUGGAUCUGUCUGGGGUUACAACCGGGCCUGGAGAAAACCCCUAUGACGCCUUGAUCGUGGCUUGUAGCAAUGAUCCAGCUGAGAUCCAGUCAUUGUACUCUACCCAUCGGCGGAAGAGAAACUCCCAGCAGAAAGCCAAAUUUCUGUCGCCCGACUUUAGCGAGUUGGUGAUUGAUCCGGUCCUCCUCAGGCUCGAAAAGCCCGAUAUAGAACCCGGCUUUCAAGAUCCUCGAAACUGCCUGGUGUUCUGGGCGAGACCCCCUGACCACAUAGUAAAGUUGGCCACCCAUCUCCAAGCUCUCCUGAAAAAAGCUGCUCCCAACCUCUGGCUGAUGCCGCCACACCGAAUGCAUAUGACAACCCUGGAGCUCACCCACUCACGGACGCCGGACGAAAUCGCCGCCUUGGUGGCAGCAAUGCGGCCUACCAUCCCGGCGCUGACGAGUUAUACAUUUGGGCACCGCUCUCGGCUUGUCAAACCGAUGCUGUCGUACGAUCUGUCUGCCAUCGCCGUCUCAUUCCUGCCAGCGGCCGGGGAGAAAGUGCUGUCUCCACCGCCUGUACCGCCUCACCCAGAUGGAAUAAUGCAUCCGGGCAUGGAUGGGACUAGUACUGACGAGACCGACGUCUACACAUACCACCAUCUUCGCCGGGACGUGUUCGAUCUCGCACGCAGUACGGGGGUUGAGAUCGGGUCGAGAUAUGUCGUUCCUAGCGCUCAUAUAACUCUGGCCCGGUACCUCGAACAAGCUGACCACGCCACCCCCGAGAUGCGGGAGGGUUGGAUAAAGACCAUCGAGGAGAUCAACAAGUGGCUGGAAGAUGAGGCCUGGGAGAUAGAGGACGGUGAGUUUAUUGGAGAAUGGAUUGUUGGGCAGGAGAGGGGCCUAGAUGCUCGGAACGGCACGCUUUGGUACGGUGGUGGCCGGUCUAUUAUGGCAGGAGAAGGAUUCUGAUCCUCCAAGCGUAGAUAUAGAUAGACUUUAGAUGGCGUAUUGAGUUGAUCACACAUGUGACCAUACCUUAUCUCAUGGCCAACGAGACUUAGAUCGGGCAGAGUCGGGCAGAAUCAGGCAGAAGAUAGUCAGGUCGACUCGUCCGAAGCAUCACUCGAGG